AUGAUGAUAGGUUCUGUCACGAAGAACAUUGAGAUUUACCAAAUGAGCGCGAAGAGUCUCGAAAGCGAUUUCUCUCUCGAAAUGCAAGUUAGCAAAGUCGAUCGCGAAAAGCUCCUGGUUUUAGAAAACCCAAAAUACGCUGAUCUCAUCGCGAAGUACAAUCACCUGCGGGCCGUAGAGAUGGUCGACAAGGACGAGAAAGCAGAGUUACCCAUACAUCUUGUUAUUGGGGCAAACGAGUAUACAAAGAUCAAAACCGAGAACGCACCGAAGAUCGGUCGCCAGGGAGAGCCCAUCGCGGAAAAGACCCAUUUUGGUUGGACCAUAAUGUCCCCCGGCCUGGAAGAGAACAUCAAUGGACUUUUCCUUACCCAGACCUGCAGCGUGGACUAUGAGAAGUUAUGCCGCCUAGACGUACUUGGAUUAGAAGAUUCCCCAACUGGUGAUCAGGGUGAAGUUUAUAAGGAGUUUCAGGAGCAGUUGCAACGCAGUCCAGAGGGGUGGUACGAGACGACCCUACCGUGGAAAGGAAACCACCCUCCACUUCCUAACAACAAAAAUGGAAGUUUACGACGACUUGAGAGCCUUGGGAGAAAGCUACAAAGGUCGAACCUUCUAGAGCGAUACGACAACGUGAUCAAAGACCAGCUACACCAGGGGAUCGUUGAGCGAGCCAGCGAAAGUCCAAGCGGUCGUGAGUUCUAUAUUCCUCACAAGCCGGUUGUGAAAGAAUCAGCCGAGAGCACUAAAUUGAGAAUCGUGUACGAUGCGUCCGCUCGUGCCAGUGAUAGUGCGCCAUCUUUAAACGAAUGCCUAAAUCCAGGACCACCGUUACAAAACCAGCUGUGGAAGGUGUUGGUCAGAGCCCGGUUUCACCCAGUAUUACUCACAGGAGACCUGAAACAAGCAUUUCUGCAAGUAAGGAUCCAUGAGAAGGAUCGGGACGCACUUAGGUUUCACUGGUUUAAAGACUUGCAGAAGAAGACCAUCGAAGUACUACGAUUUACUCGUGCGUUGUUUGGGUUAGCCCCAUCUCCUUUCUUGCUUGGGGGAGUUAUCCGGCAACAUUUGGAGAGCUUUCGAACAGUUUAUCCAGAGAUCGUGAGCGAAAUCGAGAAAAGUCUUUAUGUCGACGACUUAAUUAGUGGCGGUGAGAAUGUGGUCGAGGCAGAGCAACUAAAGUGCAAAGCAACCGAGGUUUUUGCAGAUGCUACCUUUGAUCUACACAAGUGGCACUCGAACGCUCGUGAGUUGGAGUCACCAAGUAAAAUCGAAGGAGAGGGCACGUUUGCGAAACAAUAA